AUGCGCCUAUUGCUUAGGCGCCGCAUGUCACCACUGAAACUGGUUCUACUGGGUGGCGCACUUUUCCUGAUGGCUCUGGUGGUGCUUCAGAAGGAUGUGGGCAGCGUGGGAUCACAGGAACCCUUCCUGAGUGAACUCCUCGCCAAGAGGCAUAAGGUGGCGGACAUGGUGCGAGAUGUGGUCAAUAAUAUGGGCUUUCAGAUCGGGGCUCCCCAGCGUCCCUCCGAACAGCCGCAGCCCACCAUCGACAAAAGCUGUCCCCCGGGCUUUUACACCCAGUCUGAGCUCAAACCACUGAUUCAGAGGCCAGUGGAGGACCCUUACGGCCCGGGAGCUGAAGGCAGGGCUUUUCAGCAGGACCAUCUCUCUCCGGCGGAGGAGAAAGAGAAGGAGGAGGGUAUGACCAGGCACUGUUUCAACCAGUAUGCCAGCGAUCGCAUCUCCCUGCAUCGCAGCCUUGGAGAUGACACUAGGCCACCGGAGUGUGUUGACCGCAAGUUCCGUCGCUGUCCGCCCCUCCCCACUACCAGUGUGAUCAUUGUCUUCCACAACGAGGCAUGGUCCACAUUGCUGCGUACAGUCUACAGCGUCCUGCACACAGCGCCAGCUGCCUUCCUUAAAGAAAUCAUUUUGGUGGAUGACGCCAGCACCGCAGAUCACCUCCAGGGGCGUCUGGAUGAGUAUGUGAAGCAGCUGAAGGUGGUGCGGGUGCUACGUCAGCCAGAGAGGAAGGGCCUCAUCACAGCCAGGCUCCUGGGGGCCAGUCACGCCACAGGGGAGAUACUCACCUUCCUGGAUGCCCACUGCGAGUGUUUCCAUGGCUGGCUCGAACCCCUGCUUGCUCGGAUCGUGGAGGAGCCCAAAGCAGUGGUGAGCCCUGACAUCACCACCAUUGACCUGAACACCUUCCAGUUUAACAAGCCCAUGGCAACAGCCCGUGCUCACAACAGGGGAAACUUUGACUGGAGCCUCACCUUUGGCUGGGAGGCCAUUCCUGACUAUGAGAAUGCCAAACGCAAGGAUGAGACCUAUCCAGUCAAAACUCCAACAUUUGCUGGCGGCCUGUUCUCCAUUUCCAAGGCUUACUUUGAGGAAAUUGGCACAUAUGAUGAUAAGAUGGAGAUCUGGGGUGGGGAGAAUGUUGAGAUGUCCUUCAGGGUGUGGCAGUGUGGUGGACAGCUGGAGAUCAUUCCAUGUUCGGUGGUUGGUCACGUCUUCCGCACCAAGAGCCCUCACACCUUCCCCAAAGGCACGGAGGUCAUUACUCGCAACCAAGUACGUCUGGCAGAGGUCUGGAUGGAUGACUACAAACACAUCUACUACCGACGUAACCAGAAUGCUGCCAAAAUGGCCAGAGAGAACAACUAUGGGGAUAUUUCAGAGCGAUUGAAGCUUCGAGAGAGUUUACAUUGCAAGAACUUCUCCUGGUAUCUGAAUAAUGUCUAUCCAGAGGCCUUUGUCCCAGAUCUAACCCCUGUGAAAUUUGGAGCAAUCAAGAACUCUGGAUCACAGAGCUGUUUGGAUGUAGGAGAAAACAAUAAUGGAGGAAAGCCAAUGAUAAUGUACAUAUGCCACAACAUGGGUGGAAACCAGUAUUUUGAGUACACGACGCAUCAAGAGUUACGGCACAACAUUGGGAAGCAGCUGUGCCUCCAUGCACACCCAGAGCCACGCCCUGUGACGAUAGAACUGUGUCAGCUGAAGGGCCGGGGGACCAGGGUAGCUCCUGAACAACAGUGGAUAUUUACAGAGGAGCAGCUUUUAAAGAACCCAGCUUCUGGAAAGUGCCUUAGUCAUAGGGGAGACCAGCUGAUCUUAACUCAGUGCAUCGCUGCUGAUCUGCACCAACACUGGUCCUUCAGUUGA